AAUGUCCUUGACCAGACCCGGCCCGCUUCCUGCUCUCGUCUGACCAUCCUGUCUUCCAAGCGCCACUGAUCUGCACCCUGUAUCAUCUCCGCUUGCGCUUCCUUCGGACGCCUGAACGUGGACGCGCGCACUGUCUGACCUGCAAGUGCCUCUCAUCAAGCCCAUCUAGCUUCAUGCACGCCGAUGGACUGCCCAAUUCUAGUAUGGUGUCUGUUUACGAACCGCGAGAUGACUCCGACAGAGUAUGCCAAGUGCUACAAUGUUCUGCGCGAAUGCGUGCCCCAUGUCAACGUCCCCAAUGCUCCAAACGAUCCUGAAACGAUGAGACAGAUCAUCGCGUUCCUCCUCCCACUGCUCAUGAUGCGCCAUCGGCGCGUGCCGCGAUCCCGCUGGAAGGACAACAUCACCGCCGUCGGGAAGCACUGGAUCGAGCAGAUACAUAACGUCGAGAACGACAACCCCGUCGCGGCCGCGAGCAGGGCGCGGUCUAUGAUCGGAUACCACACUUCCUAUGACCACAACCUCGUGGGAAUGGCCAUGACCCAAGGCCGGAAAGAAGACGUUGUGAAUAUCGGGAUUGGGAUCAAGGAAAUCGUGUCUCCGCCAGGGAUGAGUGCCAACGACUUCGCGAUCUCGCUGUACCACAAGCUCACCCCGCUAGAGCAAUCGCACAUCGCCCCCGAGCUCGGAGACGAAGUGGUCAUGCGGCGCCUCUGCGUCCUCCUCGCCCUCAAGCAAGCGUACAUAAAGGCCAUCGGGCAGCCCUUCGGCUUCGACUGGUCCCGCCUCGAGUUCAACAUCCCGGAGAGGACCGCGAGCGGCGACGGGCGGCCGCUGAGCGGGUGGGAGUUCCGCGUGUGGUCGUCCGAGCUCGGCUUCCCGAUCCCGGACGGCGAGGGCCACCAGCGGCAGGUGUACCAGUGCGCGGUCGCAUUCUUCCGGCGGACGCGCGAGACGCGCUUCGUGUGGCAGACGGAGGCGAAGGACCUCGAGUCGUGGGUGCAGUUCAUCACGCUCGACCAGCUGCUGAACGUCGCGGACAAGCUUGUGGAGUAGGGCUCUCGCCUGCCGGGGAAGAAAAGAAAAGUGUCGUGUUGGCUGCUGUGCUCUCUUGUUGCUUCUCGCGGACCUUCCCUCUUGUCCACUCUCUAUACCACACGCAAGACGCUAUCGUCACGCAGGUUCUCGAGUCACGGCCGAGUUCAGUCUCCCCUUCCUCCGUAAUCCUAUUGAAUGUUUGGGAAUGCUUCAUUAGAUGUCCCCCACUGGAGUCCGUACGUCUCCGCCAGAAUCCCAUUGUAUCCACUCGUGCGCUGCUUGGUGCUUCACUGCUGUUCCACUACAUGUGCUACUGCUUGUAAUUUACUCCUGUGCUUUCUACUUAGCAUGUCCUCUCCAUAUGUUUUCCCAUAUCUGCCCAAAGCUACUGUGGUUUUUUGUACGAUAUUAGUCGUACUGAGUGGUGAGAGUUGUAGUCCAGUACCGUCUAGCCUCCAUGUUCUCCCGCGCCGUCUUUCGUCGACGAUUACAUUCAAUCAAUGUUUCCCUGAGCAUCUCCACCACGGUCAGGCUCAGUGCAAACACCAGCAGGUGACGCGAUGCAACCAUCGACGAUCA